AUGCAGCCGGGACUCAACAUCAGAUCGAACCAUCACUAUGCUAUUCAUAUGGCAGCUCAGAUGGAUUGGUGGGGUCCAAUGUUAGGUGUGGCUGAAUUUGCAGGAGAACGACUAUGCGGGUUUUUACAGAAGCUUAACACGAACGGGAAAGUUGAGGAAAUGGCGCAAACAAUAAUGCGACGCUUUUGUCACCUUCAGCGAUUGCUAGGCCGAGCUCCCCCAGAAGAUCACAUCCACUUGAAAAAGCAAACACAAAACGUGGGGCUGGCUUUCGAAGUGGACAACAUGACUUACAAUCUCCUUUUAAACUACUAUCAAAAUGAAGAUGAAUCUUGGACGGAUUACCGAAAACCACCGUACCCAGUUGAUGCCCAGGUUUUAGGACCUUUUGUGCGGGAAAUUAUGGGUCUUGAAGGUAAAACUGGGAUUCGAUAUAGCAAAAAGAGCCCAAAUAACAUUGUCAAACUAGAGGUGGACGGUAAGGUGGGUUGGGCAAAGCUGCUUCAUAUCUUGAAAUUGGAUGACCCUUCCGAUAUGGUCGCAUUGGUAGAAACACUCUCAGAGGUCAAAGAGGAAAUGCUGGGGUCAGUGUUUGGCCAGUUAGGCAUAACUCGCGUCAUACAGACGUUCAAGAAAAAAAUCAUAUCUACCAAAUACAUAGUUUCACCAAUGCCCCAUCGCAAUCUCCCUGCUUGGUCGAUGGGUCUUAACAGUUCGAGUAUCUUGAUUUUAGGAAUUGGCGGAGGAGCAGAGGCAGCAGAGGACAAACCUGUGGUUAGGGAUAUGGAUGUGGUUUAUUCUUCCACAGUAGGUAAUGGAGAUGCGAUGGAUAUCAAUACUGACCCCUCCAUGAUUUGA